AUGAGUAAACUUGAAGUUCAAAACGAGAAACAGAUUGCAAUUUGUGAUUUAUGCAAACAAAAACUUUCGUAUAAAUCAUCUGUUUCAAAUUUGAGGAAGCAUUUUCAAAGAAAACAUCCUACGGUAAAAAUUCCUGUAUCUUCUAACACUAUUAGCAAUGUCAAUUCAGAUAAGACAGAAAAUAAAGUACUGGAUACAGAUCAUGAAGAUACCGGAAUAACUUCUACAAAACGAACGCUGCUACCAGGCGAGUCUCUGGUGUCUCUUCAAGAUGACGAUGGCGUGUCAAUAGAGUCAGCAGUGUCAGCACAAUCAACUUCCUCUUCUUGUAUGGAAACAAUUACACGAAGAAAAAUAGAACAAACACGGCAAAAUAAUAAAAUUGACAAUUACAUACCGAGGAAACUUACCGUACCCGUAAAAAGAAAGAUUGAUAAUGAAUUUGUCAAAUUGUUUUAUUUGGAUUAUCAGCCGUACAGAAUAGUCGAAGAUAAGGGUUUCAGACUUUUCGUGAAAGCUUUGAAUUCAAGUUAUGAAUUACCUACCAGACAACUAAUAUCAAAAAGAAUGAUUCCGAAUUUGUAUGAAAAGUGUCAAAUUAGUUUGAGUGAAAUACUAAAAAAAAAUAGAUCCCUUUAUGAAGAGUUUGAGAUACAUUCGGCACUUUUGAAGUGUGCAGUUUUUUAUGAGAGUCAUACUAUCGAAAACUUAACCAGAGAACUUAUCGAAGUUACGAGACAUUGGGGAUUAGAAAAAAAAGUUAUACUAGCUGUAUCGGAUAAUGCAUCUAAUGUUAAAGGGAUGGCACCGGAUGGAAAUGCUCUCAAAUUACCCACAAUAAAACCUAUUUUGGAUAAACUUAGAACUAUAGUGAGUCAUUUCAAACGAAGUUCCAAGGCUACUGCUAAAUUGAAUGAAAUCCAGAAAAAUUCUGGAAUUCAAGUUCCAAAAAAAAUACUUCAAGAUGUGGUCACCAGAUGGAACUCCACAUUUUAUAUGUUCGAGAGAUUUAUAGAUUUGGAAGUUCCACUGCGUUCUACAAUUGCUCUACUUGAUGCAAAUUUACCAAAAAUCUCAAUGGCAGAAUGGGACUUGUCAGAGAUAUCGAAGUCUGCUUUGAAAAAAUGUGAAACUGGACUUCGAGAACGAUUGGGCAAUAUGGAAUACAGCAAUACAAUGGCUAUUUGUACAUUUUUGGAUCCAAGGUUCAAAACAUUUGGUUUUAAAAAUGCAGAUGCCGUGGAAAGGGUUCGUAAAAAUGUUAUUAGCGCUUUAGUAGAAAUAAUAGAUUCUAAGGAAAAAAAAUAA